UGAUCACUCCGCCCACUGGAUCCAUGUUUUCCUGCAUAAGCUUCACAGUCCUGCUUCUCUGACCCUGUAUGUAACCCUUCUGUGCGAAAGCAGCACUUGUCAGAAAGAAUCUGGUUUCUUUUGUGGAGAAAGAGCAUGGCCAAGGCAAAGAUCGUAGUUGUCGGUGCUGGUCUGAUGGGUUUAUCCACCGCCGUGUGCAUUUCAGACUCCAUUACAAACUGCAGUGUAUCUGUCAUGGCUGAUCGAUUUUCUCCCAACACGACCAGUGACGUUGCUGCAGGAAUGCUUAUCCCACAUCUUUAUCCAGGCACACCUGUUCAUCAGCAGAAGGAAUGGUUUAGGGAGACUUUUGACCAUCUGUUAUCCAUCUGUAAUUCCUCAGAGGCUUCAGAAGCUGGGAUUCACUUGGUAUCUGGCUGGCAAAUAUUUAAGGCUAUUCCUGAGGAGAAGAUGCCAUUCUGGUCUGAUGUGGUUCUGGGCUUUCGCACAAUGACCAAAAAAGAACUGAAGAAAUUUCCACAGCAUAAAUAUGGUCAAGCUUUUACUACACUGAAAUGUGACUGCCCAUCGUAUUUGAUUUGGCUGGAGAAAAGGCUGAAAGAAAAUGGAGGCCAGGUGCAUGCUAGGAAGAUAGAAGAUCUUUGGGAACUGCACCAUGACUUUGACAUCGUAGUAAACUGUUCAGGCAUUGGUUCCCGAAAACUCACAGGUGACCUAGAGAUAUACCCCAUCAGAGGGCAAGUUCUCAAGGUUCAUGCUCCUUGGAUCAAGCACUUCAUUCGUGAUGGCGAUGGCCUGACGUACAUCUAUCCAGGGAUACACAAUGUAACAUUAGGUGGGGCAAGAGAAAAAGACAACUGGGAGUUGUCCCCAGAUCCCAUUAUCAGCAAAAACAUACUUGAUAGAUGUUCUGCACUUGAGCCUUCACUUCGGACAGCUGAGAAUAUAAAAGUAAAGGUGGGCCUGAGGCCAUCUCGGCCAGCAGUGAGACUACAGAAGGAGGUACUGAUCCACAAGAGUGAGAAGUUGCUGGUGGUUCACAAUUAUGGCCAUGGGGGAGGUGGCUUUUCAGUACACCAGGGUACUGCCAAAGAGGCAACUCGGCUGGUUAAGGAGUGCCUUGAAACCCUGGCAAUACCUGGGUGUAAAGCAAAGCUGUAAGG